AUGUUGCUUUUCCAUCUUCAUGACCUCGCAGGUAAGGAGGAUGAUAAGAAGGAAGAUACUUUCGGUGAGAAACUCGCUUCACAGAUUAUCAAAAACCUGCAAAUCGAGAUUAACAAUGUGCAUAUUCGAUAUGAAGACAGUUACAGCAUUCCUGGGCGAGUUUUUUCACUCGGAGUAACCCUCCAUUUCCUUGUUUUCAAGACGUACAUUCCUGAUGAUCAUGUAAUUGCAACUAGGGAUGAAUCCGCAAUGGAGUUCUUCAAGGUAAGUCUGGAUUUGCUGUUGUUAUCAAAUCAGCGCGUUAACUUGGCAAGCCUUGGCAUCUACUGGAACCACGACUCCGCUCUUUUUAGCGGUAAACCCAGGGGUCCUCUUUGGCCUAUUUCGUCUUCAGCCACUCUUCAUAUUCACGCUCGACCAGAAAAGACUGAUUAUACUGUUCCACGAUUCUCUAUUGAUGUCGACUUUUCGGAAAUCCAAUUGAACCUCGCUUUAUGCCAAUAUCGCGACAUCACUUCUUUCCUCGAUGCCACCGAUCGAUUGAUGGUACAGAGCAAGUACAGAAAAUACCGCCCAGACAUUUCGUUGAAUAAUCAUGCCAAAGCGUGGUGGAAUUAUGCUAUCACAGCCAUACUGGAGGAGCAUAUCAGGAGAAAAAGUCGAAUGUGGUCAUGGGUUCACAUAAAGGAGCAUCGGCGCAUUGCCAAGGAAUACAUUACACUCUACAAGAAACGACUGGGCAGCGAUAAGCUCACCCGGGAACAGCAAUUGCUGUUGGGGGAUUAUGAGGACGCUCUUGAUGUGUUUAAUAUUGUGGUCUGCCGUCAACAAGCUCAAGUGCAAGCCAAGAAAGACGCAGCGGCACCCAAACCAAAAGGCGGUGGCAUUUUUAGUUGGUUUACGCGGUCAUCCACCUCAUCAGAUCCCGGCUCUUCAUCCGAGGAUUCCAGCACCUCACAAGGUAGUGCAAUCUUGAGACGUAUAAAAUCGGAGAUGACAAGUGAAGAGAAAGCUCGCUUGUUUGCGGCCAUAGACUAUUCAGAGGCUUCUGGAGGCGGCGGAUAUCCAGCUACUUAUGUGUCUGCAACUGCUUCCAUCACUUUACGCCAGCUGGGCUUUUCUUUGCUGGAUGAGAAGCUCAAGGACCCUCAUAUCAUCAGCUUUGUUAUCAGCAAACUCACCAUCGGAGUGGAGCAGCGUGAGGGGGAUCAAGCUCUCAGUGUUAAAGUUCGAUUGGACGAUUUGGAGUCGAUUGGUGCUAGACCGUCCUCUGGACAGACCGGUGUGGCUCGUUCUGAUCCGCCGGUACUCAUCACAAGCCGCGUCGCAGAACUACGACGGCAAGAACUGCUAACUGAUGCGGACAAGGCGAUUUCUGAACAACAACAGCAGCUUUUGGUGUUUGACUUUGCAAAAAAUCCCCUUAACCGAAAGGCCGAUCAAUGUUUAUUUUUUUAUGCGGAUCCGCUACAAAUAGUUUAUGAUGCGGACACCAUCAACAAAAUCGUCCAUUUCCUUACUCCACCAGAGGAAUUGAGAUUUAAUGAACUAUCCACUCAAAUGCUUUCAUCCCUCGAAGACGUAAAGGAGAUUACAGCUAGCGGGCUCCGGCACAUGGCCAACCGACGUCUAUACACUGACGUACAAAUUAUCAUCCAGCCCAGUUGUUUCAUCUUACCGGACACUGGUGUUUAUCGAAACGGUUGCCGUCUGCUGCUGGUGGACUGCGGUAGUCUGACGAUCCGUUCCACAGAAACGAGAGCACAGGAGGGAACCGGCGUUUUGGACACCGUUGCUAAGUCGAAUGGUGGCAAGUCACGUUCCCGUAUGAUUCGGAAUGCCACGUUCGAUGAGCUGAAGGAUGAUGCUUACGACUGUUACGAAAUUACCCUUUCCUCAAUGCAGAUUAUCAUGGCUGAGGAGGGUGACGAUUGGCGCGCUCUUCGCACUAAGCACCAAUCCCCAAAUCACAUUCUACGUCCUCUUGGCAUUAAUCUUUCUGCUAAACGCUGUCUGUUACAAAACGACAUAAACUUCCCAAAGAUAUUGAUCAGUGGCUGUCUCCCAGUGUUUAGUUUGGCUCUGAUGGACAAAGUGCUAAAGUCUCUAACCGAGCUGAUCGAUAAUGUACCUUUUCCGGAAUCAAACAAGCGACUCAGAACUCCUGAGAACCCAGACGAAUUACUAAAGAAUAUGGUAUUUGUUUCGAGCGACGAUUUUGUAACCACGCGAGAUUUGGUUCGAGCCAGUCGUUUCAACAGGAGUGCUAGCCAAUCCACGGUUGGUAGCUGGAUUUCGGAAAGCGUGAAUGACCCGGAAGAUGAACAAGAAGAAGGUAGGAUCAAUCUGGCGACAGAACAACCUGAAGCGGAGUUCAGCGACUCUAACUUAAAACCCAUGGACCCGUCUGUUGCAGACAGUGGGACCGAUGGUGACGACGCGCACACACAAGCCAACAAGACCACCCACAAUGCUUCUCGGGAUGCGGCUGCCCAACGUCGCCGACUUGCGAAUUUAAUUGAUUUGGAGUUGGAUUUUGUUAUACGGAUGAUUGAAAUUCAAGUACUCCAGCACAGUGAUCAGCCGUCGCCCACCGAUGCUCAGUUAGCGGUCCUUUGCCUUACUGUUCAUGAAGUCGGCGCCAAAGCCACUAAGCGCCGCUGGGAUCAAGAGUUGCAGGCACGUAUCGGGACCCUUUCCCUCUCCGUGCCGCGGUAUAUUGACCAACGCAGCGGAAAAGCUGUGUGCCUUAUGAAGACUAAGCGACACAUUGAAGGACAUCAUUUACUUUCUGUUCACCUUCUAGUGGCCGAGAAGGGCGCCCCGGAUUUCGAAAAACGCUAUAACAAUACGCGACAUCGUCUGCGUUGCGAAUUCAAGGCGCUUGAGUUAUGCAUUCACAAAGAAGCAACCGUGCAGCUCUUCAAAUUCUUCAACAACUUGGUCGACGAUCUCGUGGUGUCACCGAUGGGCCAAAAGCCGGACCCCGUAACUGUUGCGGUAGAUAAAAUUGGCGAGAAACAAGGUUUAGAUGCCGCUUCGGAUGUCGCACUGUCUCCGGAUAUGCCUCAACACAUGACUGCUGUAGAAGCCCUUGAUUUUCGUCUUGCAAGGAAGAAUGAACGACGGCUGAUCCGUUUGGAUGCUGCCGCGGCUGCUUCAAAGUCAGGCAGAACAAUGGUCGUUCGUGAAGUAGUCAUCACCCAGUGGUCUAUAGACGCCACUCUCGACAAGGUCACUCUCCUGUUGUGUUCCGACGAAGUUGAUCUUGCUUCUGCUACCAUUCACAGUCUUCGUUUGAACAUGUUCACUUGCUAUCAAACUACUGAGCUCUCGGCUAUUUUGUCUGAGAUCAGCAUCGUCGACAAUGUCGAAUCGACGGACUAUCGCAAGAUUAUGUGGAUAGACCCAGCCGAAAGUGUCAUUUCCAUGCAGCUCACACAUUUCACCCGAGGUUCGCAGCUGCCCGGAAACUCUUGUGACCCAGAUAAAUUGGACUUGGCAUUGAGCUUACAAUUUGGAAAAAUACGUGUGAUUUUCCUGCACUACUUUGUCUUACGGAUAUCGGAGUUUAUGAGUGCUUUCAGCAUUCAAACAAGAGCUGUUCUCAACCAGGUCAAUGAGCUGUCCGACGCGGCAAUGCAGCAGGUUCAGGAGGUGGCAAUGAAAUCGUCAACUUUUCGUUUGGGUCUACAUGUGGUCGCACAGGCUCCGGUCAUUUACAUACCACAGCAUUCAUUCUCCAACAAGGCAUUAAUGGCAGAUUUUGGGUGUAUUACUUACAAAAAUCGCUUUGAAUUCGUCAAAAAUGCCGAUGGGAUUCCAGACGUAUGCGGCCCGAUUCCUGAACCGGGUCUCAUGUUCGAACAUGCUGACGUCACGCUGGAGAAUUUGCGUUUGUCCAGAGCCGUCUUGAUGGAGAGUGCAGUCACUUCGGAAAAGCCGGUAAUCCAUCCAAUCAAUAUCGAACUUCAUCUUCGACGCAAUCUGAGUCCGGAAUCAUGUGCAACUGUUCCACUGCUGUGGCUCGAUUCUAGUGUUAAAUCAAUCCACGUAUCAUUAACCCAGGGAGACUACCGAGCCAUUCAGGAGGUUGUGUUGGACAAUCUUGCUGAAGUUCCACCAUCGACGAUCUCUGCCAAAUCAGCUUCACAUCUGGCCCCUUCUCCAGCACUACAGAGUCAUGCGUUCGCGACCGCAUCUCCAAACGUCUCCAAGGUUCACGGCUCAGCUGUGACAAAGUCGAAAUCUGAUCUUCCCAUUGUUUCGUCUGUUUUACCAUUGAUGAUUGCCGUUCAAUUCAGCUUCGAAAUGGAGUCUGCUACUUUGGAUUUGCUUUCCAGUGGAGUUGCCGAAGACGAAUUACAGCAUGUGUCCGCCGAACCACAUCUAGCACUCUGUUCCCUGAGGCGAUUCGGCGUAUCUGGUCACGUCAGCACCGAUUCGUCUUGCAAGGUUAACGUGCAACUUUUUGAUAUUCAACUCACUGACACCCGCCCAGAUGCGGAGAAAAAAAUUACAAAGGUUUUGGAUCGUGCUGACUUGCCUGAUGAAAGCGAAGUCCUUUUACACGUAGAGUUCUUACAAGACUCUUCAAAGCACCAAAAAGUUCAUGUGAAACUUCGUAGUCUUCACUUCUGCGCUUCCAUGGACUAUCUCAUGGCGCUGGCUGACUUCCAUCUGAAGAGUUAUCCGAAAUUUGAGAAAAGAGUCACGGUACUGAAUCCAAUUACAGAAUCGGGCAAACGAAAACGUAAAGAGCAUCCGGUUUCAUCGAAAAGAAAGCACCGAAGAACGGCCAUGCCACCGACAGAGUACCCAUAUGACCUUGAAUUGCGGGUUGAAGUGGGUUGUCCAGAAGUGGUUCUUGUGGAAGAUAUUUACAGUUUAGAUACAAAUUCUUUGAAACUAACGGCCACAUUUGAGAUGCAGUAUACGAUGAAGAAAGACGUGGUAAUAAUGGACGCGACUCUCAAAGGCUUGACAAUCGUUGCUUGCCCUUAUAUCGAGCCCUUUCGCGGAGCAUUUUCUAAGGAGAUACUUUGUCCCACGCAACUGAGCUUUUAUUCCAAGCAGCCCAUCAGCAGCGGUAUGCAGGGAUCGUUGCAUGUGGACACGUUACUUACAAAUAUUAAUCCAGGCACCAUCCAACUAAUCGCUCAUAUCUUAUCCUCUGUGCAAUCGGGUCUUCAGUCUCUAGAACCACUGAAAGGGGCUAAAAAAACCACACGGUCAAAUUCUCGGGAUACCAAGCGGGUACGUUACCCCGAGGAACGGAAUGACGAUUCUGGUGUGAACUUUUGGGAUCCCGUUCCUUUGGAUGAAUUGGAUUUGCCGUACUUGAGCCCAUGCAAUACCCUGCCUGUGGACUAUUCCGACCAAGAAUCAAUCUCCAUUGGAUGUGAUGUUUCUAAAGUCCUCGAACAUCUUGAAGACCGUAGUCCAGAUAAGAUGGACAGGAAUAUUAUCGUUAUUCGCCUACGGACUAUCCGCGUCGUCUUGGAGUCUCAGGUUGGUACCAGAUCUAUGCCGAUGCUUGUUCUGGAAUCUUCGGUCGAUGGGGAAUUUCUCAGCCCUGAGUCUGACCUACAAGUAAAGCUCACGGUCGAUCUCUCCCUGUCGUAUUAUAACGACGCACUUAGUCAAUGGGAACAGCUACUGGAGACGUUGCCUGACGAGGAUGGACGAAUGUGGUCGUUACAGAUCGAAGUGUCCACCGCCAAUUUGGACGACCUUGUGGCCGAGGAGGAUCUGGAUGAAGUCGGUUGCUUGCAGGCAUCAGCGAACACCAUACUUGUGGUGUCACGGGAUAACCUGGAACUGACUCUGACUAAAUCAGCUUUGGAUAUGCUGAGUAACCUUGGUCGGUCCUUCGAAGCCGCAUAUAAUCAAAAGUUUAGUGAAUUCGAGUACGAGCUCGGUGGCGAACUUGCUGCUCCCUAUCGCAUCCAAAACAGAACUGGGUGGCCCAUGGCUUUGCGUACGGAUCCGCUCUUACUCAGAGUUUUGGGUGAUAGCAGGCGUUCCUCAAUCGCACUUUUGCGCAAAUCGUUUACUCAUUCCAUUCGGCGAGAUCGGGGUCCAGCCUCUUCGAUUAUUUCCGGUACACAGAAUUCGCAAGCACUUGAACCUUCCGCGAUUGGUAUUCCCACCCCAUGGGAAGUGGACCAAGGGAUUCACAUUCUGGCUGAUGGUGAAGAGAUGGGCUUCAUUGAGCCGGAACGGAUGUCACGAAAAGUGUUGACUGUUCGCUCGGUUACGGAGAAGACACACCGUCACAUGGUAUGGACUGCUUGGUGCCCGUCAACUGGUACGAAACCAUCCACGAAGUACGAAACAGGACUUCCACUUCACUCUGUUGGGAGCAUCAUGUUACUUUUGCCAAAACAUAUAUCCAAUUCACCGGGAGACGCGUCUCAUUCGAAGGAUAUUUAUUUCCCUGUCGUUGCCCAGACCACGACUUAUCUUGGCACCAGAGUGAUUAAUCUCCGAUCCACCGUUCAAAUCGUGAAUGACACCUCCGAUGUUCUAUGCUUGUUUGUGCACAACACUUCCGCUUCAACUGAUCGCCGCAUCAACCGUUUAGCUGUUCUGGAGGCGGGAGAAAUAUACGCCGUUCCAGUGGGUGUGAUCAAUUCUCGUGAGAGCACCGGGAUUUUCAUCGGUCCAGAUGUUGGAGUCACCACUCUGUCUACCACUGCGGCCUAUUGGCCUGAGUCUGCAUGUCUCAGCUCGCAAACAGGCUACGGCCGAUCUCAAGACUUGGUGUACUUGGCUCCAGUAACCGAAAAAUCUGCAUCACGUUCCUCGUUGCACACUCUUCAGCCUAUAAGCGCAACACUAAGUAGGCCGACAGAGACAACGCGACCGUUGUUGAAGUGGCCAGUCCAAUUUAUGCAGUGCAAAUCGAAAACCUCUGAUUUGACAUAUUACUAUUCCAUUACAACUUUGAACAUGUCUACUUCCCCCGAGACACAUUGCGCAACACUCACCGCACGGACUGGGAGUUUGGCUGGUUCCAGUUCAUCUGAUUUGUAUGCGAAUGAUUUUCAACUGGUUAUACGCAAUUCAGUCAUUCUACACAAUCAGCUACCUGUUGCGAUAAACUACAUUGUAUCGGACAGAGUUGGUGAAAUCUCGCCUGGUAACCAGUGCACCAUGAGAACGGUCAGUCCACUCGAUUCCACUCUCGAUGUUUCGUUUGAUUACGACGGUCACCUGUAUCGUGGCACACUGAGUAUUACCUCAAAUAUGGAUGAGCUCACCGUUUGCACCUUUGAGUCCCGUUUGGGAUAUGAACUCCUAACUCUGCAUUUAGGAGUACGCAACGCAUCCGACUUUGGUCAAGUUGCACUCACACUUUAUGCUCCUUACUGGAUGAUCAAUAAGACCGGCAAAGAUCUGACCUAUAAAUCCUCAGAUGAAACCGAGAUCAAUCACCCUGCUUCGUUUUCUGGUGCUCUGUUGUUCUCCUCGUUAGCGAAAUCCGUUUUCGGAAAACGUAAGGUCACUCUACGUAUUGCUGAUUCAUCUUGGUCGGACAAAUUCUCCUUGGAUACCGUCGGAAGUUCCGGGCGUGUUAACUGCAAAACGAAACUCAUGACUUUCGAGAUUGGCGUCAAGAUUGAUCUUUCUAGUUCGGGUCUGACGAAGAUCGUCACCUUGAUGCCUUACUUCAUGUUGGUUAACAAAUCUUCGAUCAAUUUGGAGUGUUGUGAAGUGGAUGACUCAACGGAUCGUGCUCAAGACAAUCAGUCACCAGCCAAACCUCUCGACCAGCGCGCCAAGUGGAUUCAAAUUCCAGCUGGAGAAGCUGUCCCGUUUUGGCCCAGAGCAACUGCAUCCAAAAAGAUGCUUCUUUGCUGCCGUAUCAACGAGCAGCUCGUCACAGAGGCUUUCCCAUUCUACGAAUCUCACUCCGUUUUGAUGAAAUUGCAAGGAAAGUAUGCUGGAAUUUUCGUUGUGGUGCACACCACCGAAGAGGCCACAGUAAUCACCCUACAGCUAUACCAAGAAGGUAUGGCUUUGGUCCGCAUCGUCAAUCAUCUGGGCGACAAUCAGCCCAUGUAUUACAGUCAGCGCGGAGUUUCGCAAGUACACCAGUUGGAUGCCGGAAUGUCCGUCAUGUACACUUGGGAUAGUCCGAAAGCAGUGCGUGAACUAGUGUUCUAUUGCAACAAGGACGACCAGUAUCAGUCAAGCGGCUUGACAACGGAUUGUGUGGAGGAAUUUUACGUGAACGACACGAAGGCAUACUGGGUGUCUUUUCUGUGGAAUAUGCAACGCGUUUUACUGCUCACACAGGAUGUCAAUGCCGCGAAGAACGCGAGACUAAGCGCAGACCUAGAGAAGAUCGAUUUGGAAAUCAUGACCUGCUUACAGUCUGUCGGGUUAUCACUGGUUGACAACUUCAAUCGCAUAGAACUGGCAUAUGUGUCAGUGACGAGCUCUGGUGUGCGUUGGAGCCAAGUUAAACGAGGCAACCGUCUGAAGCCUCUGAAGCCGGCGGUAAGCGAUGCGCUGGAAGCUGCAUACACCUCCUAUGUGGACCAGCUAAGAGCAGGCGAGCCGGCUCAGGGAUUCGCGAAAGUGACUGACAUUGUGCGCCCAAUUGAAGUAGAUUUCAGUCAAAUGAUGAUGCUCAAACCAGACCAAUGUGAACUUCGGCGUGCAUUCGACCCUGGGGUGUUUGUGCAAUACAAGAACUCGAAGAGUCAAAUGCAAUUGCAUUGUAAAAUAUUUCGUUUUCAGAUAGACAACCAGAAGCUGGACUGUACUUUUCCAGUGGUUUUGGCCCCGUAUACACAACCAAAGUCCGUGGCUCUUGAUUCAGGUCCGAAACCUGUACUCGAGUUAUCAGGCAUCGUUGCGCGAACUGCCAAUCCUGGUUCCUUCCGUUUCAAGUACUUCCGAGCCCUCAUCCAAGAAAUGACUUUCAAGCUAGAUCAUGGUUUCCUAAACGGUCUCUUCGAUUUCUUUAGUGCCACUGUGGCCCGUGUUCCAGAGGAGGAGGCGUUCCAACGUGACUAUCAACUAAUCCAAAAUCGACUGAUUGAUUCGCCUGUGAUGCUGACCCAUUUGCAAGAUGGAACACAAUCGAUUUUUGACAAUUUGCACAUCUCUCCCAUCAAGAUACACGUCAGUUUCUCGUUGGCAGGCGGCGAUGGUGGAAGAGGAAAUGCGUUUCCAAGCGAGAUGCUUAAUCUCUUUUUGCAGUCGAUCGGAGUGGCACUCACUGACGUCCAGGAUGUGAUACUGAAGCUUGCCUACUUCGAACGCCAAGCUUGCGUUAUGACUCUGAAUCAGAUGAUGUCCGAGAUGACACGGCACUAUGUGGGACAAGGAAUCAGACAGAUGUACGUCCUGGUCUUAGGUUUGGAUGUACUGGGAAAUCCUUUCGGCGUCCUCCGUGGCAUGGCCCAAGGCGUGGAAGAUUUGUUCUAUGAGCCCGUCAAGGGCGCUAUUCUUGGACCUGAGGAAUUCGCUGAGGGAGUUGCUCUGGGCGUGAAAAGUCUCUUUGGACACGCUGUGGGUGGAGCUGCGGGUGCUGUAUCUCGCAUCACAGGAACCAUCGGUAAGGGUGUUGCCGCGCUCACGCUCGAUGAGGAUUACAAGCGCCGACGAAGGGAGCAGAUGGCUCGUAGGCCUGACAAUUUCGGUGCCGGUUUGGCCCAGGGUGGUCGAGAUUUAUUCAUGGGUUUCUUCCACGGGGCUACCGGUGUGGUGAUGCAACCGGUUAAAGGAGCGAAGAAGGAGGGUGUACAAGGAUUUUUCAAAGGUGUCGGCAAGGGUCUGGUCGGCGCGGUUACUCGUCCAGUCUCUGGCGUCGUCGAUUUCGCAAGUAGCUCCUUUGAAGGGAUUCGUAGAAUUGCGGAUAUUGUUAACGAAAUUGGCCGCAUUCGACCACCAAGGUACCUUCGGAUGGACGGGGUUGUUCGGCCGUAUGAGCGACGAGAGGCUGAAGGCCAUCUCAUUUUGCGUCAAAUAGAUAAAGACGCAAUCUACGGACACUAUGUCUAUCACAUCACGGCCACUCGUGGAGGAAAAAUGCUUCUGUUGACCACGAGCCAUCUUCUUAUUAUCGAAUGCAUGGAUUUAUUGGGCACAUGGACAGUGCACUGGCAAACCGGCAUUGAUGGUUUAGCAGGAGUGCCCGUUGUAAAUCGCGGCGGAAUUCUCAUCACUCUGAAAGAGAAGCAAAAGAAAAUGUUCAAUUCCGGUAAUCAAACUAAGCAGUUUGAUUGCGAUCAAACCCCUGCCAUGAAUAUGGUGCACGAAAUCGACGCCAUUCUAUCCAAACACUAG